UAGGAGACUAUGCCGGAGGCAGGUAGUAGGAAUGCCAGUACCUUACCGGAGCAUUUACCUAGGCCUGAAAUUCGCCAUUUUCAGCGAUGAGAUUGCGACCGCUGUUAUCUGCAACCAUCAAAACACGAUCGCCACUGUAUUUCCAGCAUGACCAAAAUUAUCAACAAAGUAGGCAGCAACAGAACCGAAAAUGAACGAUGCCGAUGUUUCGAAGCAAAUACAGCAGAUGGUCAGAUUCAUCCGGCAAGAAGCCGAAGAAAAAGCCAAUGAGAUUUCUGUAUCUGCUGAGGAGGAAUUCAACAUUGAAAAGCUGCAAUUAGUUGAAGCAGAAAAGAAGAAGAUCAGGCAGGAGUACGAGCGUAAAACCAAGCAGGUUGAAGUUCGCAGGAAAAUCGAGUAUUCUAUGCAGCUAAAUGCUUCUCGUAUCAAGUUUCUCCAAGCUCAAGACGAUGUUGUCAAUGCCAUGAAAGAGUCUGCUAGCAAGGAACUCCUGCGCGUGUCUGAAGACAAGAUUGCCUAUAAGAAACUUCUCAAGGGGUUGAUUGUUCAGAGUCUGCUAAAGUUGCAAGAGCCAUCAGUGUUGCUGCGGUGUAGGGAGAUGGAUGUUGCACUGGUGAAAUCGGUGGUGGAAGAAGCUAAGAGGGAGUACGUUGAGAAAGACAAAACGCGUCGCAUCCCUAACAUUACUCUUGACAGUGUAUAUCUUCCCCCUCCUCCAAGUGGUGCAAAUGUUCAUGGUCCCUCUUGCGCUGGAGGGAUUGUUCUGGCGUCUCAAGAUGGGAAGAUUGUGUUUGAGAACACACUGAAUGCUCGAUUGGAUGUUAUGUUCAGACGACUUCUUCCUGAGAUAAGGAAGCAGCUUUAUUCUGCAAUUAAUGCAUGAUCAUCCAAGAUUGAGCCAUGAAAUACAUUUCUAUCUCAGAAGGUUUCAUUUCAUAGAGACUGCUUCUCUUUUGCCCAACUUACUGUAAGAGCUAAUAAUUACUCUGCAAUUUUGCCACACUUCUAAUCAUGGAUAAAUAAAUGAAUGAUUUUUCUUGUUGUGUUCA